AUGCGCACAAAAGGUACAACUUGCCCUUCCGGUCACAGCAAAAGCUCGUUAGAAACCCAUAAAUACGCAAUGCGUGAAUAAAUACAAUUAGAACAAUGCAUCAGGGGCAGGCGCAUGCUCCAAGCCAAAGUGUGAUGGACCCACCAGCUGCCGGUCAAACAAGUCAAUCCAAGCCCAAUCUGCUCGUACACAAAGCAAAUUUAAGAGGAUGCGGCUAGAGCUUCCGGGGCCGGUCCCACUCUCGCUCCGCAGUGGCCAGCUUUCUCUGUUGCGUGAACGGUCCCAAGGCUGCUCAGCGAACGUACAGAAUCCAAACGACCACGAGGCGCCCCGGAGUCGGAGCCCUCGCAUCCUCCAGCCGCUCCGGUCUGUUCUGGGGCUUGCCAGCCACCUCCACCCGGCGCUGCCUCUUCCUAAGUCUUGCCGUGUCCCAGGUCUCACCUCCCGGGUCCCCUGGAUGGAGGGACCCCCUCCGACUCCUCCUGGUUACGCUGUGUGAUCUCAUCUGUGGUCUUCUUUCCAGGGCUUCUCAAAUUCUGCAACUUCCUUGUUUAUUCAAUGAAACAAGCAUACAUCGGUUUAUGGUCUACCUACCCAUGAGGUGUAAACCUCACUCUGUCCAGUGCAGCUCACUCUGUCCAGCUUGUCUAAAAGUUACCUGCUUUUAUUCAUCCGGAGCUUAAUGAACACUCGUCGGAUGAAUAGUAGGCUUCACACCCAGCACAGAGCCCAGUUCAGGGCUUGAACUCACAACACUGAGAUCAAGACCAGGGCUGAGAUUGAGAGUUAGAUGCUUAACCAACUGAGCAACCCAGUGGCUUUGGAAUUGGAUAAUGUGUGGAGACUCGAAGAAUCUUGAGGUUCAUGAUAGAAAAAGCCCAAAAGGCCUUACCUCACUGUUGCAGAAGCAGAGAUAUGAAAGGCUGCUUGUGGUCGUGUCCAGAGAGAGGACGAGUUGCCCCAACAACAUAGGCUGGGAGCUGCAGGGACCUCCCAGGCCAGAACUUGGUGUGAACCAUUGGUGGAGAGUCCCCUGGAAGAGGUGACACUUCCCAGCUUCCCUUCGUGGCCCCUGACUUGACCUGACGGCACAGGGACAGAGACCAGUGCUUGCUUUUCAGAUGGAUUGCUAUACGGGGGUGACAGGCACCAUCUACGAGUACGGUGCCCUCACGCUCAGCGACGGGGACUACAUCCAGUUCAAGCAGUACGCGGGCAAGGUCGUCCUCUUCGUCAACGUGGCCUCCUACUGUGGCUUGACAGCUCAGUAUCCUGAACUGAACGCACUUCAGGACGAGCUGAAGCACUAUGGCGUGGUCGUGCUGGGCUUUCCCUGCAACCAGUUUGGAAAACAAGAACCAGGAAAGAACUCAGAGAUCCUUUCCGGGCUCAAGUAUGUGCGUCCAGGUGGCGGCUUCGUCCCCAGCUUUCAGCUCUUUGAGAAAGGGGAUGUGAAUGGAGAAAACGAACAGAAGGUCUUUACCUUCCUGAAGAACUCCUGCCCUCCGACCUCUGAUCUUUUGGGCUCACCAGACCAGCUGUUCUGGGAGCCCAUGAAGGUCCAUGACAUCCGCUGGAACUUUGAGAAGUUCCUGGUGGGGCCCAACGGGGUCCCUGUCAUGCGCUGGUUCCACAAGGCUCCCAUCAGCACCGUCAGAUCGGACAUCCUGGAGUACCUGAAGCAGCUAAAAACCAAGUAGAAAGGCCCAGAGGCCAUCAGAAAUAGCCACCUGCCUCCCACCUGAAGGACAUGGUUGAACACUGGGCCCAUCUUUGCUCCACAUGCCUUCCUACCCAGCGUCCCUGUGACCCCGCCAUCCUGGAUAUGCGUGCGUGUUGGUGUGCGUGUGCUCAUGUGUGUGCUUGAGAACAAGGCAACGAAAACCUAUCUCCCCAACUCUCUGCUCCCCGAAUAUCAGGUUUUUUCCACUGCAUUGCAAAGGAAAAGCAGAUUUCCGGGUAGAUGGCUCAGACUACCAAAUAUCCCUGAAAAAGGUGAUCCCCAGGAGUUCUGGCGUCUGUCCUUCCCCAUCGUGGAGGUUUGAAGAAAGCAGGAACUGGCAGCAAGACCCUCAAGACCCCCUUCAUAACCUCUCCUGUCCUUGAAGAUAGCCCUGGGGUGGAAGCUCUUCCUCUCCCAAGUGAGGCCUUCUGUCCCCCACACCCUGCACACUCCUACAGGGCCUCUGAAGUCCGGGUGAGGGUGGAAACCUGGGGUCCCUGAAGGAAGGCAACUCCCUGAUGGGGGCCCCCGGCCCCUCUGGGUUGGACCUACCCAAGCUUCCUUGGCCCCUGUCCCUUAGUGGCUCCAGGGCAGGGAUGUCCCUUCAUUCUGAAGUUGGGGCUUUGUCCUCACCCUGAGCCUCCCCCCACCACACACAUACCUCUUCUCAUCACUGACUCAAAUAAAGGAAAUUCUGCAGCA